AUGAAAUUUUUCCAAGACUUCCUCGCUGCUGCUGCAUAUGGCCGUGCCGAUUGGGCAUCCGGGCACAACGACGAGCCCGUGGAUCCCAAGGACGCCAAGGCCCCCUCCAAGUCGGCCCACCACGAUGCUCCCAAGGUCGACGCCAGCGGUCCCGCCGCCUGGUCCGUCCUGCAGAAGGCCUUCUUCUUUGGCAUCAUCCUAUCGGCCGUUGCCUACUACGUGCGCUGGACCAGGGUCCGGGACUCCAAGGUCCCCGCCUACGAGAAGCACCUGGCCUAA